AUCUCUUUCACACGAAGUUUUCAAUUUAUUGUAAACAAACAAACUAAUAAAAGAAAAGUUAAGCAAAAUGAACGACGAAUUAUCACAAAUAAGCAGUGAGUUGAGCGAUACGCUAUCCAAGUUGGUAAGCCUUCCACAAACCACAGAAGAGAACGCACAAAGACGCCAAAAAGUAGCAACGCUUAUUAAGUUGCAUGUACGGAGCUUGCAGGAAUUGGUUAUAACGAAUCGUAGGCGUAGUCAGCAGCGUUCAAGAAGACGCUUUAAACAAUUUCGUUUAAUGUAUAUGCAACAAAUGAUGCAACUGCAUCAUAGCUAUAUAGAAUCAUAUACAACGCUUCGCAUGAAGCACUUGCAACUACAACAAUCAGAACAGCAACAAAUGGAACAGCUAAAUAAUCAACCAGCGAAGGAGCAACCAUUGGAACAGCGUAAUAAAAAGGAGGAACAAAAAAAAGCAACAGAUUAUGAGGAACAAAAAUUUGAGGAAGAUAAGAAUGAUGAACCCAAACCAAGAUUCUGGGAGUACACUGUGCUGCAAUUUAGCGAUGAGCAGUUCCUAAAUAGUUUUCAUGUUAGUAGGAGCACUUUUUAUUCGCUCGCCGAACAAUUGGAACCCACGUUGCGUCGCGCACCAGUACUCCAUGGUCGCAACACCGUGUACUCGGAUGUCAUACCGGUUGCUAAAUGCGUGGGAUUGGCGCUCUACUUCUUGGCCAGCAGUGAACGCCUUUCUGUUAUAGCAGAACAAUUUGCGGUGCCACGCGCUCGCACCAUUAAAUGCCUAAAAGUCUUCUGCAAUGCUGUGAUGACCAAUCUGGGCAAGGCCCUGCGUCUGUUGCCGCAAAGCGAGGCCGACUGCAACCAAGUCAUAGCGGGCUUUCAAAGAGAGUGCAACAUGCCAGCAGCACUAGUGGGCGUAAUUGGCGUUUGUAGCAUUCCAUUGCGUAACAAUAACAGCAACUCUACGUUGCGGAUGGAAUUCUUGCUGGACGAUCGCAUGCUUUUCCGUGAACUGCAACUGAGUCAUGAAGAGAAACCACAACUGGAUCCUAUGUUUUCCCAUGCGCCCAAUUCCUUAACGUUGCUGCCGCCACGUCGCAUUAAUGGUCGCAUGGUGCCCGCCUUUGUGCUGGCACCCGCUCAACAAAAGUAUCCACUGCGUCCUUGGUUAAUGCAGCGUUAUAAGUAUCCGGAUCAGCCGCAUAAACAUGAUUUUAACGAGGUAGCCGAGCAUCUUCUGGAGAUGAGCGAUUGUGCGCUUCAUCGUCUGAUGUCGCGUUGGCGUUUCCUCAGUCAGCCACUGGACAUAAGCUUCCAGACCGCUUCCUGUAUUAUUAGAGCGGCCACAGUUCUGCACAACCUGCUCGAGGAAGUCAGCGAACCUCACAUGCUAGAGUGGGGCAAUAGUGUGGAUGUAUCCAAAUUCAAAGCCCCACCUAUGGAAGAAGCGCGUGAUGUCAACAAGGAGCUUGUAAAAGGCUUAGAGCUGCGCGAGUUUUUGGCACGCACCAUUAGUUCUACAGAAAUGGAAUCUAUAACGUAAUUGUUAACGCUUCAAAAAAGAUUUUAGUUUUAUAAGAGC